CUAUUUUUUUGGUUAAGAAACGGAAAAAAAUUUGCUGAAAAUUUUAUUUUUUUUUAGCUCGAUAGUAAUCAUGAAUAUAUUCAAAAAUUUAUAUUUCGCUUUGAUUUUUGCGCUUGUCAUAAUCGAUUCUAUUCAAACUGCCAAAAAUAAACGUCAUCGGUCAUCAGAUUUGAUAAAAAUUAGCCGAAAACGAAAUAUUUUUGGAGGAAAAAUAAUUAACAAACCGGUUUAUGAAGCGAAAUAUAUUGCUGCUAUUGUUCAUGUUGGACCAUGUUGUAAUUAUCAACAAUUUCCAGAAUCAAACAUAAAGGUAUAUUGUACAGGUAUUAUCAUAAAUCAGAAUUAUGUCCUAACAUCAGCCGAUUGUAUAUUAAAAAAUCAUAUUGAUAUAGAACAAUUUAUUGUGAUAUUCAACAUAGAUCCUGUAGUAAAAUGGACUAUGUAUGUCAAAGAUAACAAUUCACCGAUACAUUAUAGUAGUAUUCGCAGUUAUAAGCUUCAUGAAAAAUAUAAAACUUCUAGUCCUUCUGAAUAUAAUUUGGCAAUGUUACAUUUGAAUAAUCCAAUAGAUUUUGAAAAAUCCAAAACAAAACAAGCUCCACUGCCAUAUAUUUCACAUUUUCGACCGUAUUGUCAAGAAUUUAACGAAGUGGACUUGAGUGAUGUUUAUUUAGAUAGAUGUACUUUCUAUGGUUAUGGUCUUAAUAAAGAUGAAAGCGAAACAGACAAAAGCGGAAAACUGAAAAAUUUUGUAUUGUCAUUAUCGGAGGCAGAUAUAUGCCGACAUUAUGAUUCAAAUUUUAAUGCACAAUUAUGUGUUUGUGCUGUUCAUAACAAUAGUUUCAGCAAAGAUGAAAAAUAUAGAGGAUUUAUUGAGGGUGAUUAUGGUGGCCCAUUGAUAUGUACAGUCGACGAUGUACAAAAAGGUAUCGAUAAUUUCAAAGCUUUAGUGAUCGGAAUCGCAUCAGUAAGCGUUAUGUUACCACGUGCUGAAGAUGACAAAUUUCGUUUGGUUUAUUAUUUUUCAAGUACUCGAUACUUUGGUGAUUGGAUCGAUUAUAAUUCCGAACUUAUUGAAUAAAAAAGAAUCGAGAGAGAAUGUUGAAUAUUAAUUUUAAAAAAUUUGUAAACUGAAAAUUUCAUGUGAAAUUUCAAAUAAAGUUGUUGAU